CUUCCAUGCGCCAUUACGUCAUCCGAGCGCGCCGGACGACUCCGCCGGUGUGUGUCCCAUGCGCGCGUGUUGUUGUUUCCCUGCGUGUCCACACCCGAUAAACCGGAUUCACAGAGUUCUGCAGGUGAGGAGGAGAUGGCGUCAGACAUAGUGGCCCAGCUGGCCGACUCUCUGGCUCGGACUCAGGUGGGAGAAGGAGAAAGAGAGCUGAGCUAUAAGGGACAGGGUCUUAAGCUGGACAAUGCUGAGUCAGUGGAGAAGAUCGUGAAGGCGAUUCGGGAGUUUGAGGGUCUACGCGCUCUGCGUUUGGAGGGAAACACGGUGGGAGUGAAGGCGGCACAGGCCAUUGCUAAGGCGCUGGAGGACAAGAGAGAUUUUCAGUACUGUUACUGGAGUGAUAUGUUCACUGGUCGCCUGCGUUCAGAAAUUCCUCCUGCUCUGAAAUCUCUAGGUGCAGCUCUAAUAUCCGCCGGCGCUCAGUUAAAGGUCCUGGAUCUGAGCGAUAACGCGUUCGGACCCGACGGCGUAAAAGGCAUCGAGACGCUGCUGAAGAGCUCCGCGUGUCACACUUUGCAGGAGCUGCGCCUUAACAACUGCGGGAUGGGCAUUGGGGGAGGAAAGAUCCUGGCAGCGGCCCUGACCCAGUGCCAUAAAGAGUCCAAAGCUGGCGCCCCUCUGAGACUAAAGAUCUUUAUCGCAGGACGGAACAGACUGGAGAACGACGGAGCCACUGCGCUGGCACAGGCCUUUCAGUCGAUAGGCAGCCUGGAAGAGGUCCACAUGCCUCAGAAUGGCAUCAACCACCCCGGAGUGACGGCUCUGGCCGACGCCAUGCAGCACAACCAUCAGCUUCGAGUGCUCAACCUCAACGAUAACACCUUCACCAAGAAAGGAGCCAUCGCCAUGGCGCAGGCUCUGAAGCAUCUCCGCAACGUGCAGGUGAUCAACUUCGGUGACUGUCUGGUUCGCUCUGACGGAGCCUUGGCCAUAGCCGAGACUCUGAAAGAGGGCCUUCCUCAUCUCAAGGAGUUGAAUCUGUCGUUUGGGGAGAUCGCAGAAGAAGCUGCUCUGGCUGUUGCGAAAGCAGUGAAGCACAAAGACCAGUUAGAGAAACUCGACCUCAAUGGUAACUGUAUUGGUGAGGAAGGGUGUGAGAACCUCCGGGAGCUUAUGCACAACAUGGACAAGGGCGACCUGCUGGCCUCUCUGAGCGAUGACGAAGGAGAGCCAGAAGAUGAAGACGACGACGAAGAAGAGGAGGAGGACGAGGACGAACAAGAUGACGAGGACGAGGAAAAGGGGGAGGAUGAGGAAGAAGAUGACGACGAUGAUAAUGAUGACGAUGAUGAAGAGGAGGAAAAUGAGGAGGAGGGAGAAGACGAGCCCAGAGCAACUAAACAGAUAUCGACUCCACCCUCAGCCCCUCGGCCUCCAGAUUUUUCGUCCUUCCUCUGCUUCCCGUCUCCAGAGAAGCUGCUGCGCCUCGGAGACCAGAGAGUCCACCUGAUCCAGAAACAGGUGGACGUGACAAACGUGAGUAAGACAGUUGAUACCUUCCUGAAGAUCUCCUCAGUGUAUAAGGAGGAUGAGGUGGAGGUGAAAGCAGCGGUGCUGGACAGCGUCGAUGCUGUUUUGAGCAAAGCUUUUUCCACACCAUCAGUCCAGACUUUUAGUUUCAUCUCUGCGUUAUUGGUGAUGCUUGGUCUUUUAAAGAGUGAGGAUAAAUUAAAACCUGUGGCAGUCAAAGCAGGUCACCUGCAGUGUUUGGAGCAUGCCGUGAAGCAGACGUAUUUUCCUCGAGAGCACAUCGCUGUGCUGCACGCCUUUUUGUCCAGACAAAGCAAGUCUUUGGACUCCUGCACCAGCGCACGAGACAGCCUUCACUUCGCCCUGCAAAGACUACUGCCAGAGAGCUAGACACACACACACACACACACACACACACACACACACACACACACACACACACUUACUUCCAGUGGACAUUUCUCUCUUUUUCUGGCUAUUCAUCUUUGUGUGUUGGAGGAAUCUGGGACUUAAAGAAACGUCAUUCUGCAGCACUUCCUGGAGGACGUGUCAGGACUCAUGGACUAAAGAUACACACAAGUGCAAACACACACACACACACACACUCCAUCUCACGUUCUCAUGCAUCAUUUCAUUACUUCAUCUCAGUGUGAUGAAUGAAACCAGUUUAAAAGUACACCAGAAAAUAAAAGCGGUCUGUGCUCA